ACCAGGAACAGCCAUCGCUUUGUGACCAAGGGGAAAAGAUAUCAUCAAAGAAAAUCGGAGAGCACAGAGAGAUCUAGAACAACAAUGUCCGGCCAAGAGGUCAGCAAAACCCGCUUCGACUCCGAGGCCGCUACCUGGGAUGCCGAUGAAAAGCAUCUGGACGGCGUUGAGAAGGCCUUUGAGGCUAUCAAGCAACAUGUCCCUGCUUUUAGCGCUGAGGGCGGUGAUGCAAAAGACCUCGACGUCCUCGAAAUCGGUUGCGGCACCGGCCUCCUCUCCUUCAAGCUCGCACCUCACGUGCGCUCUCUAAUAGGCGUCGACACCUCUAGCGGCAUGCUCGCAACUUUUUCCCAGAAGAUCUCCGCCUUAUCUACCACACCCAACCUCGCCGCCGUCAACGUCCUCGUUCAAGACCCAGACGACAAGCACUUGCAAGCCGCCGCCGCAGACCUAGCUGCUCGACGCCCUAACGGCGGGAACGAAAUUAGCGCUAGCAAUGGGAAGUAUCGAUUUGAUCUCGUGGUUAGUCACCUCACGUUACAUCAUAUUCCUGACAUGGCGGCGUUGUGUGGCGUGUUGCAUAAAGCGUUGCGCAAAGGUGGGUGUGUAGCGUUGACGGAUUACGAGGACUUUGGCAAUGAGGCGCGGGCCUUUCACCCCAAGGCAAAAUGGGAAGGCGUGGAGAGACAUGGAGUAAGGAAAGAUGAGAUUGAGAUGGUGAUGCGGGCGGUGGGGUUUGAAGACGUGAGGAUUGAGACGCCGUUCGUUAUGCAGAAGAAGGUUGAGGGCGAGGAUGGAAGCGAGGUGGAGAGGGAUUUCCCAUUCUUGUUGUGUUUUGGACGGAAAGGGUGA